AUGACAAACUUAGAAAACAUCUGCGGUAAAUUUAACUCUUCAAUAGAGAAUAUGAAACUUAUAGUAUGUAACGAACUUCAAAGUAUAGAUACAACAAAAGUUUUGAACUCAGAUGCUUUGAAGAGUCUUAUAACAGACAAAGUUGGAGUUGUUGAAAGAAAGUAUAGAGACCAAAGAGUUUGUGAAAAUGUUGCAAACUUCGUCAUGGUUUCAAACAAUGCCGUUCCGAUGAAGUUAGAAAGUUCUGACAGAAGAUAUGUAGUUGUCAGAACGUCAGAUUCUCAUAUGCAAGAUACAGAAUAUUUUGACGACUUAGCAGAAACUUUGACAUCUGACUUUUACAACCACUUGUUCUCAUAUUUCAUGACAUUAGAUAUUUCUAAGUUCAAUCCAAGACAAAUUCCACAUACCGAAGAGAGACAAACAUUGUUAGAAGCAAACAAGAGUGUAUAUGAACUGUUCAUAGAUGAAACUGACUUUGAGUGUUUAGAUGAAAGGUCAUUGUACGAUUCGUAUAAACAAUAUUGUCAAGAGUAUGGUUAUAUGACAGCGUCUAAACGAACAUUCUUGGCAAAUGUCAAAAGUCUUUUAGACGUACAGAAUGGUGUAUAUACAAAGAAAAAUUUUUCUGAGUAA